AUGGACACGGCUUCUGUCGAGACGGCGCUCAACAAGCUGCUGUCCAUGACUAUGGUCAUGCUGAACGGGCUCUGGCACACGGACCUGUUCAUCAUUGAGCAAGGCACGCAGCGAAACGUCAUGGAGGGGUACGGGUGCUCGUAUGAGGUUCCAAAGUAG